UUUGUGUGUCUUGUGAGCCGUGUGUGACACCUCCCCUCGGGCGGGUGCAGUGGCACGGCGGAGACGCCAACUAUCGGUUAGGUGGUCUGCUGGCUGUAAACAAAUCUUUACGCCACCACGAUGUAUAGAAAAUACACGUUUACUGAGCAGCGGUUCUCUGUGCGGUCGACACCUGCGCUCACCUUCAUCAUGUAGCGAGAGCGGCGCCAAAUUUACGUUUUGGAGCUCGGGGACGUAACGACAGGUUUUGAUUCUGGUUAGAGCUGUCAUUGCUUUGCCCAGUGCCAUCACAGGUAUUUUUUUAAUAGACAUAUACGCAGCGAUUGUCAUUAUGCUCGCCAGAGGAAUUGAGCAUCAAAGCUAGCUCGCUGACGGUUAGCAAAACCGUUUGAAUCUGGCUGUUUUCGCAGCGGAGAGCACACCUAGCUACAGUCAUUUCAGCGCCUGAACAUGGCAUCGUCAGCAGAGCACGACCUGUCUCUGUCUGAAGCGGACAACAGCAAGGAUAAAUCCCAGGUAUUUGGGAUUUUGAGGCUUCAGGAGGAGAAAGCUGCUGCAGGGGAUAAAGCUAACAGCAGCAGCACGGUGAGAGGAGGAGGAGGUGGAGGAGACGGGCGAUGGCAGGCUCCUAUCUUCGCUUUGGCCAGAAAGGCGUCCGAGACCAUUUCAGGAAGCAUUCACGUCCUGCCCAAAGUGUCGGAACACAGGACGUCCCUGCCAGGAGACUGGGCCGUCCAAGCCCUGCGAGACCCCAUGGCCAUGGAACGAGCUAACUUACUGAAUAUGGCCAAGCUGAGUAUCAAAGGUCUGAUCGAGUCGGCUCUGAGCUUCGGGCGGACCCUGGACUCAGACUACCCCCCUCUCCAGCAGUUCUUUGUGGUCAUGGAGCACUGCCUCAAACACGGGCUCAGAGUGAAGAAGUCCUUUCUGGGUUUUAAUAAGUCCCUGUGGGGUCCUCUGGAGUUGGUGGAGAAACUGUGUCCCGAAGCGGCAGAGAUCUCAGCGUCCGUACGAGACCUGCCAGGACUUAAGACUCCAUUAGGCAGAGCCAGAGCAUGGCUGCGCCUGGCUCUCAUGCAGAAACGGCUGGCCGACUACCUGCGACUUCUCAUCACCAGAAAAGACUUGCUCAGUGAUUUCUAUGAGAAUUCGGCUCUUAUGUUGGAGGAGGAGGGAGCAGUGAUCGUGGGCCUGCUGGUGGGCCUCAACGUCAUCGAUGCUAACCUGUGUGUGAAAGGCGAGGACCUGGACUCUCAGGUCGGGGUGAUCGACUUCUCCAUGUAUUUGAAGAAUGACAUAGAUGAUUAUAGGAGUGAAGAGAGGAAUAGCCAGAUAGCAUCCAUCUUGGAUCAGAAGAAUUAUGUAGAGGAACUGAACCGACAGCUCAACUCCACAGUUCACGGACUUCAGGGCAGAGUCGACUCUCUAGAGAAGUCCAACUCUAAACUCAUUGAGGAGUUAGCCAUAGCCAAGAACAACAUCAUCAAACUGCAGGAAGAAAACCAGCAGCUGAGGAGUGAAAACAGCCUCAUUCUGCUGAAGACGCAGCAACAUUUAGAGUUAACUCAAGGUGACGUGUCAGUGGAGAGAGACACGUACAAACAGUCUCGUCAGGGUUUGGAUGAGAUGUACAACGAGGUGCGAAGACAGCUAAAAGAGGAGUGUCAGCUCAGACAGGAUGUGGAGAAUGAGCUGGUGGUCCAGGUGUCGAUGAAGCAGGAAAUGGAGCUCGCCAUGAAACUUCUGGAGAAAGAUAUUCACGAAAAACAGGACACACUGAUUGGACUGAGACAGCAGCUGGAUGAGGUCAAAGCCAUCAAUGUAGAAAUGUACCAGAAGAUGCAGUCGUCUGACGAGGAAAUGAAGAAGAAGAAUGAUGUGAUCAGUCGUCUGGAGGAGAAGACCAAUCAGAUCACUGCCACCAUGAAGCAGCUGGAGCAAAGUGAUAAGGAUCUGCUCAGUCAGACCAGAACGCUUGCUAUGUCAUUUGUCAAGUGUGCCAGCACAGACACAGAGCACCAGUAUAAGCUAGUCAAGGACAUCUCCUUCUGAGGAUAUGAGCGCAUGACUAAACGGACUUUACUUAGAAGAACAUUCCUGUUUUUUUGCACAUAAUAUUCAGAUGGUUUUAGGGCCUGAGAGCUGCCACAGAUUCAGGUGAAACUGGGACUGCAUGUUUGAUUUAUUUACUUCAUCAGCAAAGUGCUGGGAUUCAAAGAGAUUAUUGCCGUGUCUCGUGAUCUUUGGUUAAAAUGCAUCCAAAAAACUUUAAGAUUUUGUUGGUCAACAGUGACUGGAUACAAAAAAUGAAUGUAGUUACUGUGAGCUGAGCGCUUUGAUUGUUGCCACCUUGGUGUUUUGAAACAUGACAAACGAGGGGAGGAUCUGAGUAAGAAAUGGAGGGAUGUUACACGCAAGUUAUGUAGGCCCACCCUAAAUGACUCCUAGUAUGGAUCAUAAUGUAGAAACUGAACAUCGUGCUGCAUUUAGGACGACUUUAAACUAAUAACUGAGAGGUUUAUUCACUUCUCUGACUCGUUUUUGCAACUCUGUCAGAGUAUUUGACUCCAUUAGCUGUAAUUUACUUAAUUUCUUAUCCAUGUUUCUGUAGGCAUUUAUGGGCUCAAUGCCAUCCUCUCUCAGAGGUAGCUGUGCUGAAAGUAGGGAUGCUCCUAGUGGUUAACUUACUAGUUGUUAAAUGAGAGGAAAGAUUAGACUAGUUGACUACUCUAAAAGACAGAAAACAUCCAAAAAUUUGCCACGUGUAUGUAUGAUAAACUUAAACUUUAUCUUACAUUAGAAUUUUUGUAUUUUAGCUAUAUGAAACCAUUAAUCACAUUAAUUGUGUUAAUGGUAAAUAGACUGCUUCUUAGAUAGUGCUUUUCUACUCUACCUGAGCACUAAAAGCGCUUUACAAGCAUCAUUCACACCCAUUCAUUUAAGCACUUAUUUCUAUGGUUAAACGCUUUCUAUCAUAUCUAUUCAUACGCCGAUGAAUACCGAUGCAUUGAAGAGCAACUUCGGGUUAUUAUCUUCCCCAACGAUAUUUGGCUUACAGACUGAACCUGCCAUACCUCCUGAGCUACAGACACCCCUAAUCAAAUCAUGUUUUAAAUGCCGCCGUGUAUAACAUUGCAAACAUGUACAGUCUGAAGACUUUGGAUAACCGAAGUAGCGGCCUAGGUUUCUUCCACAACCCGGUGCAGAAUGUGGUUACACGUCACUUGAGUUGCUUGGUUAUAUUUCAGUUUAUUUUGACAGACGUUCGUCUAUGAUUGUUAUUUUUUAAACAGAGUACAGAAUACUUUCCCGCCUUGCUUUUUUUUUUAAAACUUCUUCUAUUAAAAGAGAAAGGAGGAGGUGCCUACGAUUGUUGAGUUGCAGCCCCAGGUUGUGGACGGUGGUGUUGUAACCUCUUUGAACUAGUAAUGUCCUCGUAUAUUAAUAAAAUACGGAUAAUAUGUUUAAUCGGCUAGUAUUUCUGAUGCCACAACCAUUAAAUGUCUAAUCAACUAGUUCUGCACAGCUGUAGUGUGUAGAGUGUGCUGGGGAGGCUGGUUACUGAGCGCAGCGCUAAGUACAACUAGUGUUUAUUAAUAUCCUUGUGGCCACCUUAUUGAACUGUAAAUUAAUCAAAGGUUUGAUAAGAUUUACAAAUGAGUUGCUGUACUUUUGAAGAACUACGACAUCUAAAACAUCUGUGUAGUAUCAUAAUGCACUUCCUUGGCUACAUGGCGGCUGUGCUGCUCACUGUUCUUUUAUAGUGUGUUCGAGCUACCUGUAACUUACAUAUACAAUGAAUUUUCUGUUCUUUCCACAUUGCAUUUGUUAUAUUUGGCAGUGCUGAAAUGUUGCCAGUUUUUUAAGAUAUGCCUGAGAUAAUAGACAUUAGCAGUAAAAGAUGAGCGUUGUUUGAAGCCGCUUGUUAUGAUGAAGUAAAUGAAGCAUGGUUACAAAACCAGACAGGUUGCCCCCUGCUGGACAUUAGAAAGUGUGCAGGUUUGCACUGACUUCAGUUUUCAGAUCCAGAAACCAGGUCCAUCUUUUAUAUACAGUCUAUGGUUAGUGCUAAGUGAGGGAAAGUUUACUCUGUCAUGACAGUUUAACUGAUCCAAUAUUGAGACAGUUAAUACUUUAAUAGAAACUGAAAAAACGUUUUAAAUUAAUCAUGCACUACUAUUCAUGAACAUGCGCAGGCGUGCACACUCAUACAUACAAGUACUACGUAUUCUUCCUGUCUCCAGUAGUCAGUUUAUGUGCAGUAACACAGAUAGUGAGAUAGCUGGCUGUUUGGAUGUAAUCAUAGAGGUAUUUAUCGAUCACAUUGAGUUAGAGGGGCAUGCGCUCGGCUUUUGUGUCACAGCUACUGAGAAGUUUUACCUGCUAACGCUGAGUCGAGUCCCUUUAACGUUUAGUCAAGAUGAAAAAUAAAGGUGGAAGGUGCUAGUACCUAAUCAUUAAAGACCUUCGCGCCACUAUAGAAAAAAAAUGCAGACAUACCUGUAAGCAAAAUAGUUAAAGGCAUCCACACUGUCUUGGCUGAGUUGUUUGAGUAACCGUUUCUGUUCUUUGCUGUGUGUUCCUCCACCAGGAAGAGCGUUUUUAUUUUCUUCCCAGGCAGCCGAAACUGUUAAUGCUCACAAGUAAGCGCUGGAACAGGAAAACCAUCACAAAUCUAAACAAAAUGUUUCUGCUGCUGUCUACAUUUCACCAUAAUCAGGCACUGAGGUCCCCCUGCAGAUGUUUAGUCAGAAAUUUCUGCUGCAUUUAGUUUGCUGCCGGUUUUCUCUGCAUGGCGAAACUUACCCCUGGUUAGUAAGCAUUAAAUGGAGAUUUCAGACACUAAACUUUGCUCCAUUUCUCUGACACACGACACUGUAAAGGUACAAAUUGUAAGGAUUGGUGAGAUUGUCAGCAGAAAGUAGUUUACAUUCAUUGUUGGGGCACUAUAUAGAGCCUAGAUCACAUGCUCAGAAUUUGGACACUCAAGUAAUAUAGUGGAAAGUAAAUAUGUGCACUAUGUCUUUUAAAAAAAUACAUGAAUUUGCACACAGCUCAUCUCAUUGUCAGGUUGAGAUUUUUAGAUACUACUCUGUGGGACCAGCAGCUUUAGAUCAGUCAGUAUGUUUUGUCUUUGCUGAACAGACAGCUGAUCCAAAUGAAAAGACCUGUAGUUACACAGCUGUAAACCUCUGGAGUUCCUGUCAAGGGAACUGCGUUAUUGUGUUUGUCUUGGCAUAUUUAUUGACUUUUGUGAUAUAUCAGGAAGUAAUUCUACUCUUAACUCCAUGUUCCUAAUACGUCUAAUCUGAAGAAAAAGAAACAGUCAGUACAGCUGUUUAAAAUUCACAACUACUGUCUUUUAUCACCGUGAUCAAUAAAGGUAGAUGUUUUGAAAAUGCCGGGUAUGUUUUUGAGUUUUUUGUGAAACCUUUAGCGUGCCGUGUUUAGAAACAUUUUUUAUGUGAACAGUCAACAGUCAGUGUAUGCCAGAGUGUGGCGGAGCAAAUAAAAGAAGAGGACUACAGUAGCUUUGCAUAAGUUGUAAUUUAAAAUAAUCUGUCUGAAACAAGCAAUGGUAAAGAGACUCUGUAUGAGAGCAGCUGUCCUUUACUCUCCUUGUCCAAUUAGUUUCUCCUAGGUGAUUUCCACGCUUUGUUUGAUUAUGCAUCUUUGUUUUGCCGUCUUUACACUUUUUGUGUUCCUUAUUGUUCUUUUUAAACACCCACAGGUAAAUUCUCAGUCACGCGUCCUUUUGUUGCUCACAGUUUUACUUCCUGGCAGUUCAAACUGCAACACCUUCCUUCAUCCCAGCCUCAGCCGUGCCUCCUUUACUUUACUGUCCAUCCUCCUGCCCAUCUCCCUAUGUUGUUUUCUCCCUCUACACCCCAACUUCCUCUUCCCUGCCCUCCCAGUUUUUUCUCUCCAUGGUCCUGAGUUUGUUCCUGGUUAUAAUGGUGCAGAUUACAGGAGGCAGAGCGGCACCGCACCUCGGCCGAGGAGGGCACCAGACGCUUCAAGCUGGAUUUUGCAAACAAGGCCGACAGCCUCCAGCGGCAGAUCGAACACAGAGAAAAGCAACU